GUUUACGUUUUUCACCGACACGGUGCGAAAUUUAUUUUGAAUUUCCCAGCACGUUUUUUUGGAUUUCACCGUGAUUUACUAUCGAGCUAAAUUAUCAUAAUGGUGAAGAAAGAAAAAAAUAUCUCAGGAGAUUAUAAAGAUUUGUCGUCGGAAAGUGACAUUCCACAAACUCCAUUGGCUGCAUCCACACAGAUGUCCCCGAAAAAGGAAUCCAAACGAGUUAUUUCAUAUGGAGAGAGUGCUUCUGAAAAUGAAUCAGAAGACUACCAGCCAUCUUCCCCAACCAGUAAAGUUUCCCCAUCAACGGCUGGGAUUGGUUCGAAAACCGCAAGCCUUGCAAAGGAAAAAUAUUUAACCAAGUUUCCUUUCGUACGAUCGUGUAAACCACGUUACGCAGUGGAUUUAGAUUUAACCGACCCCGACGAUGAAGUGUGGAUCGUUCAGUGCCCUAGUUCAAUCGAUGCCAAGAAGUUACUUCUGAAAGCUUCUCUAGAAACUGAUAAACUUGGAGAAACCUGUAGCAUAAAGUCUGCUGCAACCAAUGACUCUUUAGAAGGCCUUAUUGUGAAAAAUUCAAACUCUAAACCGAUCACCCUGAUGACAGGUGUAGAUUUCAAAUCGUUUGUUCCAAAGGGAACUAUUCAGGUUCGAGAAGCGCUACAAACUAAGCAAUCUAUUCAGCUGGGGUUAAUGAAAGAGGAAACCACGAGCGAAGACAUUCCUUUUCCGGAAGACAUCAAGGAAAGGCAUCCUCUGCUUGGUCCAGACUAUCGGUCGAUGCUUAAACUAUCGAAGCCAGUACGGAAGGCAUUAAGUUGGGCCCGACAACGUUCGGAACAGUGUUACCUACGCGAAGACGUGUCCAGUGUAGCGGAACCGGAAAGUCCAAAGAAGGCUAAGAAACGCAAGCUCAAGAUUGAAUCGAAUUCUGAGCUAGUGAUAGACGAAACAUUGACCUCUACUCGUAAAAAGGUUAAAAAAGAGACGGCAAACGAUAAUAAUGGUGCGCAAGACGAUUUAUCUUGGUUGAGUAAUAUCUAGAAGACUGGUAGAAUAUUCAACCUUGCUUUUCGAAAGUGGUCGACUUUGCUAAGGUCUAUAAUAAAUGA